AUGCCUCGAAAAGAAAAUCGAGUAAUAGCAUCGGAGCUUGUCAAAAGUACAAUGCUCUCUGUGGAUCGUGGGUACUUUUCGAAAUCAAAUCCUUACGAAGAUCGACCAUCGUCAAUCGGCUAUGCUGCGACUAUCAGUGCUCCUCAUAUGCAUGCUUAUGCUCUAGAAGCAUUAAGAGAUCAUCUUAAACCUGGUGCACAUGCCUUAGACGUUGGAUCUGGUAGUGGAUAUUUAACAGCUUGUAUGGCUCUUAUGGUUGGCCCUACGGGUGUUGCUGUAGGUAUAGAACAUAUUGAUGAGUUGACUAAAUUUGCUCUUUCAAAUGUUGAAAAUUGGUUUAAUCACAGUCAAAAUGCUCAGUCAUCGGGAAUAAAGCUAGGGAAGCAGCUAAAACUUGUUACUGGCGAUGGUCGUGAAGGAUGGCCACCAGAUGCACCUUAUGAUGCAAUUCACGUGGGCGCUGCGGCUCCAGUUAUCCCCAAUGCACUAAAAGAACAAUUGAAAAUUGGUGGCCGUUUAAUUUGUCCAGAGGGGCCAGAAGGUGGAAAUCAAGCGUUAGUUCAAAUUGAUCGUUUGGAAGAUGGAUCUUUUCACAGAAAACCUUUAAUGGGCGUGAUUUAUGUUCCGUUAACCGAUAAAUCUCGACAAAUCGGACCAAGAUAACCUUACACACUGCUCCUCAAACUACCCCAGCACACAAGGUAUCAUCGGGAUAAACGUACACUUGCCUAAGGCUAAAGUUACAGCAAUAUAUAACUUGUAUGUUGUUAUUAACGAAGUAGAAAUCAGCAAUAUUAGUCCUUCAAAUGAUUGAAAUCAAGACAUUUUUAUUAUGAAACCGAAAAAAAUUGUGUCAACGACUCGCGUUUUAUAGUUGCGGUCGUCAGGACGAAUAGUAUACGGGAUUUAGGAAUAUAUC